CGGGCGUGGCCCCCUCCCCCCGAUGCGGUGCACGAUGGUCGGCUCCGAGGCAGGGCCUCCGGAAGCUUCUGGCGGAAGGAGUUUGCGCGGCGCCGGCUACGGGCGUACGGGAGCUUCUGUAGGUUCUCUGCGAUACUGCAGCUGCCCCGUGGUCAGAGAGCGCCCCUCGCCUCGGCCGCGCCCGGCUCCUCCCGCCUGCUCCAGGCCGAGCGCUGGCGCCAUGUCGGCCUAUCCCCGAAGCUACAACCCGUUCGACGAUGACGCGGAGGACGAGGGCGUCCGGCCGGCGCCGUGGACGGACAACCGCGACCUCGCGGACUGGCCCGGCGCUCCCGCCGACCGGCAGCAGGCCCUGCGGCAGGAGGUGUUGCGCCGGGCCGAGGCCACGGCCGCCAGCACCGGCAGGUCCCUGUCCCUGAUGUACGAGUCCGAGAGGAUCGGGGUCGCCUCCUCCGAGGAACUCGUGCGCCAGCGAGGGGCCUUGGAGCGCACAGAGAAGAUGGUGGACAAGAUGGAGCAGGAUCUGAAGACCAGCCAGAAGCACAUCAACAGCAUCAAGAGUGUGUUCGGAGGGCUCGUCAAUUACUUCAGAACCAAACCCUCAGAGACCCCACCUGCGCAGAAUGGCACCCUUGCCCCCCAGCCCAGCAGCAGAUUGAAAGAAGCCAUAAGUACAAGUAAAGACCAGGAGGCACAGUACCAGACCAGCCACCCAAACCUCAGGAAGCUCAAUGACUCAGACUCCAUCCCUGGAGGGGCCGAUUCUGCCGUGAGCUCCGAGGCUUACCCAAGGAACCUGCACCUGCGCACCUGUCACCAGAGGAUUGACAGCAACCUCGAUGAGCUGUCCGUGGGCCUGGGCCGGCUGAAGGACAUCGCCCUGGGGAUGCAGACAGAGAUUGAGGAGCAGGACGACAUUCUUGACCGCCUCACAACCAAAGUGGACAAGUUAGACGUCAACAUCAAGAGUACAGAGAGGAAAGUUCGGCAGCUUUGAAGACGGAGGCGGAUUUCCACUCCAUCGUGAUGAAAAGAUUUGAAAGGUCUUCUUUUAAACGCCCAAGAAAUUUCAGUUAUUACUUUAGAAUGUGAUUUCACAUGUGUUUGCAAAUGUUGUAAUAGAGUGGGUCUCAAAAGAGGUUUUGUUGUAGAGAAAGCAUGUGCCCCACUUCUCUGAGGGCCCUGACUAGAGGUGUGCGGGCAGAGUGGUGGUCAUGCCGGCCUCUGCUUCCGUCUGUUGUGCUUCUCGUCCCCAGGCCUCCGCAAGGUAGAGCGCUGAGGGCCAUGUGACCCGUGUUUGUGGGCAUCCUUCUCCCCCCGACCCCCACGAGCACAUUGUGAUGCUCUGAGCCCCUUGGCAGGCGUUUGAUUUUAGUAGGAGGGGGUUCAGACCAGCCCUGCUCACUGUGACGCCUGGAAGCACAUAGGGAGCUAGGUGAGCCCCGCUGCCCCUGCACAGGGUCAGGAACACAUUCUGCCCUGGCUGGAGGCUCCCUGGCCCGCUGUCUGAGGCCUGCAGAGCGUGAGAGAGGAGCAUCACACGGACGUGCUCCACCAAGCUCCCUGCCCUCAGGUCAUCUGGACCAGGCCCCCCAUCCAAACAUGUUUACUCGGUGCCUGGGGUCCCCUGGCCCAUCCAGGAUUCCCACCCACUCUUCUGUGCUGCUGGCAACAUGCCUUGACCCAUCACUUGAUUCUCUGGCCCCAGUUUUAGGACUGGAGCUCCACUAAUGACACUGACUGUGCACAGAAGGAUAUGGCUUUAAAAAAAGCCCAGAUGUUAUCAUUCUACCUGGCCUAGCUUGUUCUCUCUUCAUUUUACAAAAAAAAGAGAAUCAUUUAAAAGUACUAAUUAAAAUUGAUUUCUGUACUUAAAGGAAUUUCUUGAUGUUGGUACCUCCAACAAAAUAAUUGAAGCCACGAGGUCCUGGUCUUUUUAAAAGCAAAUAAAUUAAAAUAUUUUGAAGAUGGUGAAAGGGACUGAUUUUAAUAAGACAGAUUAGGUUGGAAACCUUAAAAUCACAGUGCCUUUCACCCUGAAACCUGGCCCCGGCACGGUGACCUUCACCACUUUGGUUCAGUAGAAUAUAAACAAAGUCCCUUAAAGCAAAGGAACGUCUUUAAGGGGCAGCAGCAAUGCAACAGCGUUUAUGUAGCAAUUCAAAUAUAAAAGUUCCAUUCCAUAAUGCCUGACUUUCCUAAAAACACUGACAGCCUCUGUGGGCAGAUACAUCUUUCUGUCAUGUUCCAGCCGCCCUGCGAGUCUGACCCACAUCACUGGGAAUGUCACAGGGCGUUUGGAUGCUGUGGAAGGUAAUCAGACCCACAUCUGCUUAUCACAAGCCCAUCAUGGUUGUUCUCCUGGUAACUGGAAAAAGGAAGAAUUUUACAUGUCCACCCGGCCCACACUGAACGAGUUCACAGGGCUUCCAGCAAAAAGGCUGCUCCAAAGCGUGACACCAGGAUGCAGGGCAGCCUGGGGGUGCCCGUCCACCCAGCAUGUUCCAGGGUUUUCCUCCCUGACGCCUUCCUCAGUGGGUGUCAUGAUAACUGUUCCUGCUCCUUGCCCUCAGGCAUAGACACGUGGAGAUUAGUCAGCACGCCUAGACUUGAGCUUCUCCGUUCAAAUAAA